AUACAUGUACACUGCAGAAGCCCCAUAAUGACAACGUUCGCCAGCAAAUCAGCCGGCUCAGGGUCCGAUUCGAGACUGCAGCCAUGGGUCGAGAAAUACCGACCGAAAACGAUCGAUGAUGUAUCAUCUCAGGAGCACACCGUCGCUGUCUUGCGCAAGGCACUGGCAUCGACAAAUUUGCCUCACAUGCUCUUCUACGGGCCACCGGGGACAGGCAAGACCAGUACCAUCCUAGCUCUGUCUCGCCAGUUAUUUGGGCCCGAUCUCUUUCGAAGUCGUGUAUUGGAGUUGAAUGCUUCUGAUGAGCGAGGGAUUUCAGUCGUACGGGAGAAGAUCAAAACAUUUGCGAGAGAAACACCGAGGCAUGUGGGAGUCUCGUCGGACGGAAAGACAUACCCUUGCCCCCCAUACAAGCUCAUCAUCCUUGACGAAGCGGAUAGUAUGACUCAGGAUGCUCAGAGUGCCCUGAGACGAAUCAUGGAGACGUACUCGCGGAUUACUCGAUUCUGUCUGGUUUGCAAUUAUGUUACCAGAAUCAUCGAACCGCUCGCUAGUCGAUGUAGCAAAUUCAGAUUCAGGCCACUCGAUUCGACCAGUAGUCAAUCUCGUAUAGAGAUGAUUGCGAAUGCGGAGGGUGUCAAUGUGGACUCAGGGGUUUUAGAAUUGAUCCUGCAGCUGGCUGAUGGAGAUCUGCGAAAAGCCAUCACCUAUCUACAGACAGCUCAGCGUUUGCAUUCCGCGACGACCCCGCCUACACCAGUCUCCAACAUGUCCAUCCACGAAAUCUCCGGCGUGGUUCCGACAGAUACAAUCGAUGACCUCCUCCGUUCAAUGGGCGUUGACCCAGAAUCUGGGAUCGACCAAGAUUUCCUGAAAGGAGGGUUUGAAGCCGUCAAGAACAACAUUAAAGGGAUCUCAAGGGACGGAUGGUCAGCGGGUCAAGUGCUUGAGCAGGUCCAUGAUCGGCUGAUACCUAUCGCCACUAUAGGGACCAUCGCAAAGGCUCAGGCUGCCUUGGCCAUAGCAGAGUGCGACAAGGCUCUAUGCGAAGGAGGGGACGAGGAAAUCCAGCUGUUCGAAUGCUGUCUCAGAAUACAUGCCGCAAUGGCGCGCUGAAGGGGAAAAUCGUGUAGGCGACGUAUUCACAGGUCAUUGGUGUAUCAAGUAUGCAUUGACGUGCCUUCGUAGACCUGCAGAUCUUACCUCAAGCGCUGAAGGAACAAAUCACUGCCGACAGCAACAUCAUGUCAGGAAACGCUUCGCAACGUACACGCCGCGAUGUAUAGCGGGGACUUCCACUUAUAUUCCGCUUGUCAAGGCGACCGUUGAUGACUCUUUGAACGGGGUCGAUCCACUCGGAGCUACCUUUGAACUGCCUCAGUACGUCGUCGACAUAGCUUUUGAGCAGGCCUUGUUCAGCUUGACUGGCUUUGGGUCAAGCGCGGAUCGUGCGGCCUACAAAGCUCGGCUUUUGGCGCUUCUUUGAGCCGUGACAUAAGCGUAAGCUGGAUUUGAGCUUCGAUUCCUUCCAAGGGUAAUUGAAGCUCGCAACGUCGCUGUCUGCCAUGCCUGUUGAGCUUUCGGAUGUGAAGCGUAUGACACAC